AAAAGAUUCGCGACAGAUCUCGUCGCCCCAGCCUCUUCCCCUCCCACAUUGAUUGCUGAUCGCUGGCUGGCCGAGCGAGCCGUCCGCGCCAACGCACGCACACACACACACGCGCGCGCGCGCGACGACGACCGACAGGCGACGCACAAACACGCCCACGCACGCACGCACACUGCCCGACCACCACCCCGCCCGUCGCAUGCACGUCCCCCGCGUCGACCAUCCCCGCUGCGCCGAGAGCUAUAACUGCAGCUGCCGCUGCUGCUGCAACACCGGCCUUGCCUGACUCGUCGACGACGUCGACGACGACACGACUUGCGCAUCUCCCCCGCCGCCGCACCACCGCACUGCUGUGGUAUUUCAAUCACCGCCGCGCCGCUCACUCGCCCUCGCCACCUAUUGUUCUCGCCGAGCCAUCAACCUUGCACUCCCCCUGUCCGUCCACCUCUCUGUCCUCUCUCGCGCCGGGCGCAUCAUCGUUGCGAGAGAACAAGGCCUCGACAAGACGAGAACAAAACCCCGGUCAGUCUCCCCUCCCAGGCGGGGAUUGGCGUACAAGAGAUAAAGGCAGCCUCGCAUCCUUGAUCUUCCUUGUUUCGUCGUCACUGCUCAUCCACCACACACAUACCCACCACAGUCAUAGUUGUCUACACGCUUGACAACAACUUCGACCUGUUCUUAGCUACUGCUACUCUACAUCGGCGUGCUUCUCUUCUCGAAGCAAACCCUGGUCGUCACCACCGCGUCACCGCUCGUCACCGUCAACACGACCUUCGCGCUCACUUCGAGGGCCCCCCGCUCACACCUCACCCCCUCCUUUCCAGCCCUCGCGCACUCGCACCAAGGGCUUUAACGUCUUCUCUCCCUCCCGCCGCCGACGCCUCACACGCCGCCGCCGCCGCCACCACCGCAGCUGCAUACUCGCAUACCUCUUGCACCACUCGUAGCAGCUACUCGCUACUCCUCCUCUGCCCUCGCCCCUCUCCACGUGCUGCACGUUCCCCACUGCACGGUCCUGCCUUUGGCGUACGCCUCGGCCCUCCAUCCCCAUCAAACUUACCCUGCGGCAGUCAUCUGUGACGACACUGGUUGAGUGACCCCCCCCCGCGCGACUCGCCUCGCGCACCACACACCUCGCACCCACAACAUCCUUUAUAGGUCCACUGUGCUCUUUCUAUCCUCUCUCGACACUGCAACACUCGCACUCUCGAGCCCAAAGCAAACUCCCGACACCCGAAACGCGCCUCGACCUCCCCCCCUUUGCCACGACCCAACCACGCGCGUGUCACCACCCAGCAUGUCCAUACCCAUUCCAACCAACCGCGGCGGCCCCAGCUCGGGUGGCCGUGUUUUCAACUCUUCAACACACACCUCCCUCUCUGCUCCCUCGCCAGCAAUGCCCAUUCACUACCUCCCCGGCUACACACCACAGCAGCAAAGCAGACCACCCCUCAACCGCUCUAGCCAGACCUACUCUGCGGUCCCCGUCCAGCUAGGCAGCAACAGCUACACUGGCUACUCGUCGCACACAAUGUCGCCACCCACAAACUCCUUUGGCCACGGCUAUACAUCCUCUUACGACGGUGGUAUCCCUCCAUCGCUCGAUCUUGGCCACGACACUUCGGUCACCACCACCCCUACUUCGAUCGAGGGCGAGCCAGAGCCCUACCACCUCUACGCGACUUCGCUAUCCAGCAGCGACGAGAGCUACCUUGAAGAGAGGCCCCUGGCAGCCUUUAGCAGGGCACCCGUGUUUAUAGACCAGCACUACCUUCAGUCCACCAGCAUGACCCCCAGUCUGUCCCAGGACGGCGCCGCUCGCACCAAGCCUCCUCGCCCACCCAACGCCUGGAUCAUCUACCGCUCCGACAAGCUCCGGGCCUUUGAGAACAUCCACACACGUGAAGAGCUCAGAGAUCUCCUUCAGCAGGCAGACAUGCUCGAAGAGCUUCCCAAGUACCUGACGAGCAUUGCCUCGGUCGAAAAGGCUCACCAGCUCGAGGCCGAGUCCAACGGCGCCAGGCGCAAGGGCAAGAAGCCCACCAAGCCCGCUGUCGAGGGCCGCGGCAUCUUCCGCCUCGGCAAGGGCGGCAAGGGAUUACCGCAAGCCGAGAUCAGCCAGCUCAUUAGCAGGCUCUGGAAGGCAGAGCCAGUCGCUACUCGCAGUGUGUACGAGCGCAAAGCCGAGGUGGCCAAGCAGGAGCACCUGCAGAAGUACCCAGGGUACAAGUUCCAGCCUGUCCGCAAGGAGGAGAAGGCUGCCAUGAAGGCAGUAAAGCAGCAGGAGAAGGACAGGAAGAAGGCUGAGAAGGAGCUUGCUGCUGGCCACCGUGUCCGGCGCUCAACAGGCCCUCGCAUGUCCCGCCCGUCUCCUAUCUCGACCGAAGAGCGCCGUCCGCGUUCCCAGGGGCAGAGCAUCCAGCUGGAGCGCGCAGCGACGCACCCCGGCUACGUCACUGGCCAUCAGAUGCACCCGCAGAUGGUCACCCUCGACAACAGAUGGCCUCCCCAAGGCCUGCCUUCCCAGAUCACCUACAUGCAGCCUGCAUUCCCCAACGGCCAUUACAGCGUGGGAUCGGCCCCUGUUCCCCUCCCGGCGCCGACCAUCAACCCAAUGGCGACGGGUCUGAACCGCCAAUACACUCCCCAGCCACAGGCACUUGCCCCACUCGAUGUUCACGCCUAUGUUCCGACAGCCCCUGGCACCAACAAUCUUGUGCCCGCUGAAAACUGGACUGGCGCUCCGCCACCAGAUGUGCACGCCAUGUACGAUGCCAACGGCGCCCUCGAGAUGGCCCAUGUGGCUGUGCCCCCACCAGGCACCCUGCAGGCCUACAACUUUACCGUAUCGGCUGAUACCUUGUCCGCCGACGACGCUGCCGAUGUCCUCAAUGCCCAAGCAGAGGCUGGCGACGUCGACGAGGCAGGUUUCGCUGCCAUGUGGGCUGUCGAGGUUUCCUCCGACAACGAGGGACAGUCGCCAGCACCCCAGGCGACCACCACUGAGGCGCCGGUUGUGGACCCCAGCCUCACCUGGGCGGAGCUUGGCGAGCAAAACACCGCCUAUACUUUCCCCGACCUCGCCCCCGGCCAGUUCCCCACACCCAGUCAGCUGGUGAGCUCUGACUGGGCGGCUUCCCAGGGUGUGCCAUACGUCGCCCAGAGUGGCCUCGUCUCACUCGUCCCUGGCGGCGCGCCACAGUUGGCAACUGGCGCCACCGGCCGUGAAACUACUGGGCUUGCGACAGGCCCAACCCUCUCGACCCACCAGCUGUCUCCUUUGGACGACGUUUUCCCUGCGGGCUCGACAGUUUUCCGUCCCCACAACCAGUCGGGACAGCUCCCGGCGAUCAUGGCCCCCACGACGACCAUGUCUGAGAGCGACUUGGCGCCACGUUACGUGUCGGGCUCGUCGUACCCCACCAUUGGGGUCGACUCGGACCACCUAGGCGGCGACUGGAACCCUCAGCACUAUGACGCGCAGAACAGUCUGCAGGACGAGUUCAUCACUGGCUCAGACUACACGAAAGAGCCGCUGCUAUCGUUUCCCGUGCCGCCGUCGCCACCAACUGCCUCGAGCGUAGGCUACAAGCGCCCGCCCCCACGCACCCGCACGCCUGGGGCUUCCUAUCCUACAGUAGCUUAGGUUGAAGCGUGUCAACACAACAAACCAUAGACGCGCACGCACGCCCAGUCGACGCCACAGAGGCGCCGGCAAGCCAGCGCCGCGCCCCACAGCCGCUGCCCGCACCCAAAAUGUGGACCUUACGCCAAUUCUCGAUCUCUCGUCCGCCUCUCAUCAUGUGUCACUAGUAUCCCUCUCGCACUACUCUGGUGCCUGCCGCGGCG